GAUGCCUGUUCCGACAGAAGGAUAGGAUUCUGAUUGGCUAUACUAGCAUGCUCAGAUGCGUUUACAAGAGCUGACUCUGAAGAUCCAGAACUGCGGUCCCAGCUCAACGUGAAUGAAACGGGUGACUCCCCGCUUGCCAAGCCCAGCCACUGGUGCCUGUUCUGGAUACGAGGCAAUGCAAGUUCGCUGCUGUGCAACUUUCAUAUACAAAAGAAACUACUGCUCGUACCUCUGAUACUUUCCUGGACGAAUCCCAAUCUUCUCUAGUUAUCAAUUCAAUUCUCGCCCUACAGCCAACACUCAUACUACGAGGCUUGCCAAGCGGCAUCUCAAGCACCUCAGCAUGACUUCCGGCAGUGUGUUUUCGGGAACCCUGCAAACCAUCACGAACACAAAAUUGGAGGAACUUUCUAAGCAACAUUCUGUCUUUAACAAACAGUAUGCGGAUCUUCUAACAACAGCGAAAGAAGAGCAGGAUCCAUUAAAUCGCCUGAGCAAGGUGGUUGACGGCACAAAGUUAUGCCUGAGCGUGAAGACUACCUCGCACAAGGAGGAUGACAGUAGACCUGGGCGUGUGAUUCUUGGUGGAACCCGCAACAAUCAGCUCGAAACAGAUCUUAUGAACGUCGACCGAUUCCUGGACCAAGCGCGCUUCGAUCCUUCCGUCUCUCCAGCCGUGCUCAAUACCUGGGAAGAAAAGUUCAUGUCUCAUGUUACAAUUCAAGCGACGAAGUAUCGGUAUGCUGCUUUAUAUGGAAAGCUUGUCACCGAAUGGCUUUCCUCGGAAAAGACAGUAACUGCUGAAGGCAAUGUUGAGAUGGGGGAGAGCUUCGAAGAGCUUCCAAGCGCCAAGAAAUUUGAAGCCCGAAGGGAGUGGGAGAAAUCUGUCUUCGAGCCCGCUUCUGUUGACCUGUCUGGCUUGGAAGCCUAUCUAGAACGCCUCUUCGUCACAGACAAGAAGAAGAUCGCCUCAGCACUGAGCGAUCUGCGCAAGAAAGUCCGCGACUUUGAAACAGACCUGACGAGUAGCCCACAGUUCAACGAAUACACUCUGCGGUGGGUGAUCAAGUCUCUCCAAUUGUCAGGAUCACUCUCCAACGAAAAACGUGAGGUUUCUGGUGACUUUCUCAGCAACGGCGUCAUCUUAGGAGAAAUCGCGGAUGUGCUUAACAUGCGUUUGUUAGCACUCGACCGGUGGAGCUGGGGUGACCACGUUCUUGUUGAACAACGGCGCGAGAUUAACGGUCGAUUCCAAGUCCACAUGCACGAAGAUAUCCUGCAGGCUAUCUUCCUGCACUUUGUUGGGGUGAAGUGGUCGGUAUUCUUCAAGUCCGCAUUCGUCGCGUUACGAGACAACGCAGAGACCUGGAAAGGCAACCGCCCCGAUGUACCAAAAACCGAUUUGUUGCGCCGCGAAUACUUUCUUGGCGGCCAAGGCCAGACGAUUCGCGGAAAUCUUGAUAGUAAGCGCAGCAGAGUGCAGCGCAAGCGCUACUUUACCAACAAGUUGUUGGACUUCCCGGAACAAGUGGUGCAGUAUAAUGAAGGCGAGGAAGAAGCUGACUUUGGAGAAUUUACACAAGAAGAAUCUUUGGGCAAGCUUAAGAAAAAGAAAUCUGCAGCGUCAGCAUUUGCAUCGGCGCCGGCACGAGCAGCACCGGCAGGAGGCUUGUUUGGAGGUGCAGUCGCGCAUGGAAGAUCUUCACUCUUUAUGGCAAGAGAGGAAGAGAAAGAGGAAGAGGAAGAGGAAGAGGAAUUGGACGAUCAAUCCAUAUCGGGUGACGAUGAAAGCGAAGCCAAAAACCCGAUAGAAGCGAAGCAAAGUCUUCUCCAUAUUCUUGCUACCGAGAUCAUCAUAAAUACUCGUUUGAACGGCGAAAUGACUUGUUUUCGUACCGGCUUUGAGUCGUGGAACCCACUGCUGCCUCACGAUACGGCAUUGACAGUCCUUGGCUUCUUUGGAGUGUCGGACAAGUGGAAGACAUUUUUUAAAACAUAUCUGGAGGCACCGUUGAAAUUUACAGACGAUGAACACGGGCCGCGCUUGAGGCGUCGGGGCACUCCCGACUCGCACGCCUUGAGUGAUGUCUUCGGAGAAGUUUUGCUCUUCUGCUUAGACUUCUCGGUGAAUCAGGACACCAACGGUGCACUACUUCAUCGCAUGUACGACGAUGUGUGGUUCUGGAAUAAGGAUUAUGAGACGUCUGCCAUAGCUUGGCAUAGUGUCCGCACGUUCGCAGAGGUCACUGGUACUCAAAUCAGUAACGUAAAAUCAGGGAGCAUACGUGUUGGCCGGGAAGGCCCGCUGGAGAUUGAUGACUGCCUGCCUCAAGGUGACAUCCGAUGGGGUUUUCUCUACUUGAACCCUACCAACGGCCGCUUUGACAUCGAUCACAAGAUGGUCGAUUCUCACGCAAAAGAGCUCCGGCAACAGCUGCAAGGAAAGACCAAGAGCGUUAUCGACUGGAUCCAAACCUGGAACUCAUACGCUACAACCUUCUUCAGUACAAACUUUGGCAAAGCCGCAAACUGCUUCGGCCGCGAACACAUCGAUACGAUGCUCGCGACCCACAGGCGCAUCCAAGAAACUGUCUUUGACGGCGGUAACGUCGUUCAGUACCUCAAGCAAAUGAUCCACGACCGCUUCACAGUCUCCAACCUACCAGAUGGUUUUCUCUACUUCCCCGUCGAGCUCGGCGGAUUGGAGCUCAAAUCCCCCUUCGUCGGACUCCUGCAGAUUCGCGAUGCCGUGCACGCCGAUCCGCAAACACUUCUCGAUGACUAUGUCGCAGCCGAGCAAGACGACUACGCUGCUGCCCAGCGCCGCUUCGACAAGGGCGCCAUCGAGUUGCAGCGUCGCCACACUGCAGCAGCCGCCUUCGUCCCCGAUGACGGAGAUCACUUUCUCCCCUUUGCCGAAUUUGCGCGUUACCGCGAGUCUUGGGCGACUACGGGGAGCGCCGAUCUGCGGAAUGUCUACGCGCAACUGCUUUCGCGCCCACAUGAGGCCCAUGUCGAUCCGAGCGUGCAGGUCGAGCAGGCGCUGGGGGAGCUCGGGCAUGGGAACUUGCGCGGCAUACUUGCGAAUUGGUAUAGUAUGGACGCUUACUGGAAGUGGAUUGCACAGAUGUAUGGACCGGAUAUGAUUGCGCGAUUUGGCAGUUUCAAUAUCGUUGAUCCGGGGUGGCUACCCAUUGGUAUGGUGAGUCAGUUUCGGCAGCGGAGGACCAAGUGGCAGGGCUAG